AAUAUCAACAAGAGCAGGUGGCUUUUUGUUGUAUCCAAUAGCUUUUCUUGAUAUCAGAUUUUUGGUCAACGAGUACGGGAAAAAGCUGAUGGCUGCUUCUGGGAUCACCACUAAUAAGCAAAUGAAGAGGAUGGAAUCAAAAAAGUCACAUUCCUGGUGGUGGGACAGUCACAUCAGUCCCAAGAACUCUAAAUGGCUAGCUGAAAGUCUUGAAGAAAUGGAACAGAAUGUGAAGCGAAUGUUGAAGCUGAUAGAAGAGGAUGGAGAUUCAUUUGCAAAAAAGGCUGAGAUGUAUUAUCAGAAGAGGCCUGAAUUAGCUUCUCUUGUGGAGGAAUUCUAUCGAAUGUAUCGUUCUCUGGCUGAACGAUAUGAUAAUGUACGAGAAUUGCGAAAGAAUAUACCCUACGAACUUCAAUCCCAAGGCUCAGGUAUGUCAGAUGUUGCAUCUGAGCCAUCCUCUUUUUGGCCCACUCCCAAAAAGGUGGGCCGUCGUAUAUCUGCCAACCGAGCCGCUGGGUUUGAUGUCUUCCUUGGGUCUGGUGGAAAUGGCUCUGAUGCUUGCCAAAAGGAAGGAGAUGAAUCAUCUACAUUAACAGAUUCUGAGGAGGAAUCUGAUUGUUCUUCGGUUAACAAUUACUCCAUUUUCUCAGGGAAUGGUAGUGAUAAUGGGCUAAACAGAAUACUUGACUUGGAAAUUGAGCUUCGUGAGGUCAAGGGAAAGCUCUGGAUGCAAGAAGAGGAGAAUGCAGAGGUUUCAUCUGGAGGGCCAAGAAACGAGAACGUUGAUGCUAUUCAUGCCAAAGUUAACGGGUACGAAGAAGAACUAAGGAUUGUAAAUGAUAAGUUAAGGCUUUCGAGAGAAGAAAUAACUGAACUGAAGACUGAACUUGAAAAAUACAAGUCCUCAGAAGCAUCAAGUUUGCAUGCUUCUGACAAGUUUACUGCAAGUGAAGACAUCAAGACAGGAGGGUCACUGCUGAAAACAUCAGUGUCUUUGAAGGAGCCGGAAUUGUUGGACCCAGAUGGUAAGAUAAGGUCAUUGGAGGAGGAGCUAAGAAUCACUAGACAAAAACUUGAGGAUUCAGAAAAACAAGUCGCUUCGUUGAAAUUUGAGGGCGGUAAAUUCUCUGAAAGGAUUCAAAAAGUGCAGGAUCAGCUUGACUUGGCUCGUAAAGAUGCUGCUUCUUGGAAAACUAAAUUCAAUUCUGAGAAGAGAGAAAGCACCAAACUCCAAGAAAGACUUUUGAGGUUAAAAUCUAGUCUUAGAGACCGUGAUCAUGAGAUCAGGGAUUUAAAAACAGCUGUAUCUGAUGCAGAGCAGAAAAUCUUCCCUGAGAAAGCGCAGAUAAAGUCUCAAAUGUCCAAAUUGCUUGAGGAACGGACUUCUUUGGAAGCGCAGGUCCGGGAAUUGGAAAGCCGUGGUCGUCUCUUGGAAGAUGAGAUUAGGAAGAUCAGCACCAAUAAAACGGAGAUGGAGGAAACACUCAAGGGUGAGUUAGAGCUGUUAAAGGCGGACAUUAAAGAAAGAGAGAGCAUUAUAAAAGAUCUCAAAAUAACCGUUGAUGCUUUAAAAUUAGGGAGAGAGAAUCUCAACGCAGAAAUUGGUUCACUCAAGGAAGAGGUCGACACUAGGGAUACUCGAAUCCAAGAACUCGAUCAGCAUUGGAACCAGCUCCACCAGGAACAAUUGCAGCUGGUUGCUGAAAUGGAGGAGCUAAAAUCGAGAGCGAAGAAACUGGAGGAAGAGGUAGAGAGACAGAAAACUGAGAUCUUAGAGGGAGCAGAAGAGAAACGAGAGGCCAUAAGACAGCUAUGCUUCUCAAUUGAUCACUAUAGGAAUGGGUAUCGUAUGCUAAGGCAGGCUUUCAUGGCGCACAAGCGAGUCCCAGUUUUGGCCUAGUAUGUGUCCGCGUGUGAUGCUCUAAAUGUACACGUACCCUUCGUAUUAUUUCUCUCUGGAGUGUGUGGUUAUUAUUGGGGGGUUAUAAAUGUGAUCCAAAGUCCAUGAGAAGCGGGAACCAUGGUUUCAUGGCGUAAUUGGGAUGAAGCUAGUUAGGGAGUUGAGCAGGGAAUCAUUUCAUGGGUGCCCAUAGUGUAAGAUAUUGAGGAAUUGCCUUAGAUUUACUGUUGACCAGGAAAAUGUGCGAUGUUUUAUCCCAUUCUGGUCUGAAGUAGGGUUUUGGUGUAUUAUUUGUUGAAAUUCAAUCAGAACUUGGUAUUAUGUUGAUCAUGAUUAUGUAAUGUUCUUGAAAAAUUCUGUCAUCAUGUAUACUUAAAUGCAAAAAUCUUGUAGAUUGUUUUGUUCUGUGUUGUUUUA